AUGAAGUACUUGACUCUUUGUGCAGACCUGGAUAUUCUUCACAGCACGAACUUUCUACCAACGUAUUCAAGUGUGUUGCUUGUUAAUGGAAUGGUUUCUGCCUUGAAAGCGCUACCAGGAAACAUAGAGCUGGCCAAGAAGGCAAGAUUGCUUAAUUGUUUAACUGAAAACGACAAAAAGCCAGCAGUAAUCAAUAAUCGUUAUGACGAUGAGACUUUUGAAAGUAGAAGCUUGUCUGUUGAUGCGUCUGAGUCCGAAGAGGGCAGUCUUCGGUAUUUUAGAAAUAAGGUUGCAGUAUCAAGUUCUUCUAGCAGUCGGGAUCUGAGCAAAGAACCGGACCCGGUAGCGCAUCGAGUUUUACAAGAGAAACAAUUAGACACCAGUAAACGUUCUAAUACUGCAAUUUUAAAAUAUCCUGCAGAGAAUUACGUGGGUACAAGGUUGACUGAACAAGAUAUAUCGCAACUCUGGUUUCCUACUUAUAAUAGAAAUGUUCCAAUUGCCACUUGUAGCACUGACCGAUUGCGUGACGAUGAGCUGAAAGUGAAGGAAGCGGAUUCUCUGGCUUUUGAAAAUGAUGCUCCAAAUGAAUUAAGGAAUGGGAAUUGUGAAAAUUACGUCUGUUUUUGUUGUAAAAAGCGCUACAAGUUAGAUGACUUGUUUGUCCUAGAUAAGCGACAGACAGAGUCUCUCGAUCCUGGAAAAUCUGUGCGUUCAAAAGGUGUUCAAGCAGAUAUGCAAAAAACAACUCAAGAAUCAUCAGUCCAGUGUUCAUUAAUUGGUGAAACAUUCCUCUUUAAUGUUGAUGAACGAUUGAGUGAUCCAGACCUGAAUACAAGUGAAAAGUCGGAUGAACUACCUUCUUCCCCUCCACCGAUUGUUAACGAAAGUAAAAAAGUCAUGAGUUUUGGAGAUUACAAGAAAAAUGCAAUAAAACGAAGAAGUGAUGGUGCGAUUUAUGAACUUGAUACAAAAUCGGGGUGGAUGCCAUCUCAAAUUGUAAGUGAAAAUAAAAAAGAUUAUAUGAUUGUGCAGUAUGAUAAGUGCGAUCGAGUAUUCUGCGCAGUAACGCCUAUAAAAAGACGUAGAGAAACGAGGCAGCGUCAUGAUAUGGAUCUCAAAGGUAAAAGUCGCGUGAUUCCAUUGGAACCAGUGGAAGAGGGUCUGUUCUUGGAGGACCCUCGUAUUCGAAAUGCUAGCGAAUGCCAACUAGGAAGCCUGCUCCCGCAGUAG